GGGAGCGGGGGCGGGGGGGUCCGGGCCCAUGGGGCCCGCCGUCGUCCAGUACCAGCGUCCUGGGAUGCCGCCGGGGAGCCGGAUGCCCAUGGCAGGACUGCAGGUGGGAUCCCCGUCAGGACCCCCCUAUGGAGCAGCCUCUCCGAUGCGACCAGGAAUGCCACAGUCGAUCAUGGAUCCCUUCAGAAAGCGCCUGCUUGCUCCGCAGGCGCAGCCUCCUCUGGCAAGCCAAAGGCGAGGGCUGAAAAGAAGGAAGAUGGCGGACAAGGUCCUACCACAGAGGAUCCGGGAGCUGGUCCCAGAGUCUCAGGCCUACAUGGACCUUCUCGCCUUCGAGCGCAAGCUGGAUCAGACCAUUGCCCGGAAGAGAAUGGAAAUCCAGGAGGCCAUCAAGAAACCUCUCACGCAAAAGCGGAAGCUGCGGAUUUACAUCUCCAACACCUUCACCCCGGGCAAGGAGGAGGGGGACGGCAGCGAGCGCGUGGCCUCGUGGGAGCUGCGCGUGGAAGGCAAGCUCCUGGAGGAUCCGAGUAAGCAGAAGAGGAAGUUCUCCUCCUUUUUCAAGAGCCUCGUCAUCGAACUGGACAAGGAGCUCUAUGGACCAGACAACCAUCUGGUGGAGUGGCACAGGAUGCCCACGACCCAGGAGACCGAUGGCUUCCAGGUGAAGCGCCCUGGCGACGUCAAUGUGAAAUGCACCCUGCUGCUCAUGCUGGAUCACCAGCCUCCGCAGUACAAACUGGACCCUCGCCUGGCUCGCCUGCUGGGUGUCCACACCCAGACCCGGGCGAGCAUCAUGCAGGCCCUGUGGCUCUACAUCAAACACAACAAGCUGCAGGACAGUCACGAGAAGGAGUACAUCAACUGCAACCGCUACUUCCGCCAGAUCUUCAGCUGCAUUCGCAUGCGAUUCUCCGAGAUCCCCAUGAAGCUGGCAGGCCUGCUGCAGCAUCCGGAUCCCAUCAUCAUCAACCACAUGAUCAGCGUGGAUCCCAACGACCAGAAGAAGACGGCCUGCUACGACAUCGAUGUCGAGGUGGAUGACCCCCUGAAAGCUCAGAUGAGCAACUUCCUGGCCUCCACCACCAACCAGCAGGAAAUUGCCUCCCUGGAUACCAAGAUCCACGAGACCAUUGAGUCCAUCAACCAGCUGAAGACGCAGCGAGAUUUCAUGCUGAGCUUCAGCAACAACCCGCAGGACUUCAUUCAGGAAUGGAUCAAAUCCCAGAGGAGGGACCUCAAGAUCAUAACAGACGUGAUUGGGAACCCCGAGGAGGAGAGACGAGCUGACUUCUACCAUCAGCCCUGGGCGCAGGAGGCUGCGGGGAGGCACAUAUUUGCCAAGGUUCAGCAGCGCAGACAGGAACUGGAACAAGUGCUUGGGAUUCGCCUCACCUAAUGGGCUGGGCACGGCUCAGGGGCUCUGCUCUCUCGAGUGCCUGAGCCUUACGGUACAUCUC